GGGACCGCGGCCGGCCGGCCGGCUGCCGGGGAUGGUAGCUGGCGCUCAUGGCCGGCCUCCCCGCGGUGUCCCGGAGGGCGCGGUCACUCCCUGGACGGACCGACCCUCCCGCCUGUGCGAAAGAGUUUCUUAUGGCCAUGGCCUAGCAGAAUGAUGCAGCCUUAAUGCCUCACUGGCUGCUGACGCCCUCCCUGGCCCAUGACAUCCCAUCCGAGUGCCUUCCCGGUUCAGUUCCAGCCACCCAUGCUCAGCGGACUCUCCCGGGUAACCAGCAGCUUGUAUAUCAGCAACGGCGCAGCUGCCAACAACAAGCUCAUGCUCUCGGGCAAUCAGAUCACCUCCAUCAUCAACGUGUCCUCGGAGGUGGUAAACACCCGCUACGAGGAUAUCCAGUACCUGCAGGUGCCCGUGGCUGACACCCCCGUCUCUCGUCUCUGUGACUUCUUCGACCCCAUUGCCGACCACAUCCAUGGGGUGGAGAUGAAACAGGGCCGCACCUUGCUGCACUGUGCGGCUGGCGUGAGCCGCUCGGCCACCCUCUGCCUUGCCUACCUCAUGAAAUACCACACCAUGUCCCUGCUGGAAGCCCACUCGUGGACCAAGGCCUGCCGGCCCAUCAUCCGGCCCAACAGUGGCUUUUGGGAACAGCUCAUCCACUAUGAGUUUCAACUGUUUGGCAAGAACUCUGUUCGCAUGGUCGACUCCCCUAUGGGAAUGAUCCCCGACAUCUAUGAGAAGGAGGUCCGUUUGAUGAUUCCACUGUGAGCCCUGCCACCAGGGUCCGAGGUACAGAACUGCCAUUUUGCCUCCCACUAAGAUCUUCAGCAGAAUAUUUCACUUGGGUGGAUACAGGAGAACAAAACGCAACCGAGAGAUGGUGCCCUUUCUAAAGGCAAGGGAGGAAUGCUGUAGGUUUUUAACCUAGUGUGAUCUGUGUCUUUAAGCAAGAGAGACACUUGCUCCAUGGAAGGUUGUGGAGAUAAGCUUCCUGCCAGAGGUCAUGGUUAUAGGCCCGAGUGAAGGGUGAGGCUGCUUGUUGCUGCUCAAGUCCAGUGGGUCGGCCCACCCUGGCACCCUGCUGCCCUCCCCCAGGAGUGAGCUCAGCUCC